ACUGCUGCCACAUCUGAUUUACUUGUGAAGUUGUGGGGUCAAGUACUGAAAGAUGCGUACAUUUCUCUUUAUGGUCCUGUGUGCUGUGCUGAGCGGCGCCAGCUCUGACAGUCAGCAAACAGAUAUUGAGACCCUGAUGGAUAAUGUUGUGGUCCUGAAGGUGCCUGUUUUUAUGGGUAGCAUGGUUCACGUUCCUUUGACCUGCGGAGGAGCUUUUCAAAAUGAGGCUGUGUUUUGGAAGAAAAAUGGUCAGGCGUUUGAUCCGCCUCUGAUGGGGAAUCAGGUCCAGGUCCUGGUGGAAGAGAUGAAAGGAGGAAACUACACUUGUCACCUCAGUCCAAGUGGAGAAUACCUUAACCACACUAUGAUCCUAAUCCAGCUAAAUCCAGACAACAGGACCGUCAUAUUGGAAAACGGAGAAGGAGGUCACAUCCACUGCUCGGCACCAAACUAUAAAGGAUCCUUUCACUGCAGGUGGAGAAGAACACAACGCAGAUCCGAUGCCAGUGUGGUCUUGGUAAAGGCAGAACGUUAUAUGGAAGAUAUUCCAUGUGAGCUCGAUGCUAAUGGAUCAGGGGUUGAAUGCCAGAAUACCCUCUGCUCAUACAAAGAGGAGCAACAUCGCAUUUCCCUCACCGUUUACAUUCGCAGCCAUGCUCGUCUGGAGGUCUACACAAAGUCUUUCUACCUGAGAGAGAUUGUAAGACCGGCAAAACUCCCUAACCUGCACAUCAUUGAUGGGAAUGUGUUCAAGUGGGAUUACCCUGAAUCUUGGGAGAAGCCCUGCACCUUCUUUGGCCUACAGUUUGAGAUCAAGUUGGUGCACAGCGGACAUUCUUGCAACAGUGAAAAUCAAAUAAUGAAUGUCACCACAGAUGUAGCCAAUUACACGGUCAGCAUACAGCCCAAGAAGUAUAUUUUCUGUGUGCGAGCUCAGGACAAGUUCACCAGAGGGCCGUGGAGCCACUGGAGUCAGUGCACAGUGAACAAGCAUAAUGCGUUGGUCCCUGGACACUGCAGCCAAGAACAAUGAAAACAUUUUAAUCUAGGAAAAAAGAAUUAAUGCACAGUUAGAAUACCAUCUGGAAGGCCUGGGUUCGAUCCCACCUUAGCCCAGGCCUC